UCUCAGGCGGUUGGGUCUAGCACACCCCAGGCGACAGACUGCGGCCCAGGGUCUUGGCGGCCACCAUCUCCUGGACUGCUGGACGAUGCUACGCUGGCUGCAGGACUUCCUGCUGCUCUCCGAGGCCUGCCAGGAUUUUAACCACCUGACCUAUGAGAUCCUCUUCGAAGACCUGGACCACAAUGGAGAUGGCGUGGUGGACAUCUUGGAGCUCAGCGAUGGGCUGAAAUACUGGAGCUCCUCGGUUGGUGAAGACCCAGAGAAGGAAAUUUUUGAGCGUGCAGAUUCCAAUGCUGAUUCAGGACUGGAUUUUGAAGAAUUUGUGCAGUACCUUCAAGACCAUGAGAAGAAAAUGAAACUGGCAUUCAAGAGUCUGGACAAAAAUGAUGAUGGCGUAAUAGAUGCUUCAGAAGUAGUUGCUGCCGUGAGAAAAUUGGGAAUCUACAUUACUCUCUCUCAGGCCAACGGCAUCCUGAAAAGCAUGGAUGCCAGUGGUUCGAUGACAGUAGACUGGAAUGAGUGGAGACACUUCUUUUUCUUCCACCCUGCAAAAAAUAUCACUGACAUUGUUCGUUUCUGGAAGCAUUCUACUAUAAUUGAUAUAGGAGAGAGUAUAAGUAUUCCAGAUGAAUUUACAGAGCAAGAGAAGAAGUCUGGAGAGUGGUGGAAGCGGUUAGUAGCAGCAGGGAUAGCGAGUGUGAUUACACGGACGUGCACGGCACCUUUGGACCGCAUGAAAGUCAUGAUGCAGGUUCCAAGUUCAAAAAUGAGUAAAAUGAGCUUGGUUCGUAUGUUCAAGCAGAUGGUAAAGGAAGGAGGCCUUUUUUCUCUUUGGCGAGGAAAUGGUGUAAAUGUUUUUAAAAUUGCACCCGAGACAGCAAUUAAGAUUGGGGCCUAUGAGCAGUUUAAGAAACUUCUUAGUUUUGAUGAUGUUCAUAUAGGGGUUCUUCAAAGAUUUAUAGCUGGUUGCAUGGCUGGGGCAACUUCCCAAACCUGUGUUUAUCCCAUGGAGGUGAUAAAGACCAGGCUGAUUUUAGGUAAAACUGGAGAGUAUUCUGGGAUUAUUGAUUGUUUCAGGAAACUUCUGAAGAGAGAGGGUAUUCAGGCCUUCAGCAAAGGUUAUGUUCCCAACCUGCUGAGCAUCAUACCAUAUGCAGGUUUACAGCUUACCAUCUUUGAGCUUCUGAAGAAUUACUGGCUAGAACACUAUGCAAGGAACUCCGUGAAUCCCGGGAUAGCAAUUGUGAUGGGUUGUAGCAUAGUGUCACACACUUUCGGCCAGCUAGCCAGUUUCCCUCUGAACCUGGUUAGAACUCGCAUGCAGGCUGUCAUACGGGAAAGGGAAACGAAGUCCAUGGUGCAGCUCAUCCGGGAAAUAUACACCAAAGAAGGGAAGAAGGGGUUUUUCCGGGGUCUCACCCCUAAUGUCCUCAAGCUGCUUCCCGCCGUGGGCAUUGGCAGCGUGGCUCAUGAAAUAGUGAAACUGCUUUUUGGAUUAACCUAGAAGUGGAAUAACAAACUGUCAUCAUUGCCAGAGGCACUAAGGUAGAAGAUAACACCUGGUUUGUAAGGCGGUCUUACUUUUUCCUAAAAAGAAAGAAACAGCAACUACUUGUACAAAAUUACUUUGUCUUUAUUUAUUAUAAAAUAUACAAAUUAAAUGGUAGUUUUGGUAAAAUUAUUCAAUAAGUCAAGAUCCCUGAUUAUCCACAGAAUUCUUAUUUUACAUUUCCUGUUACCUUUUCCAAAAUCCUAAACCUAGGUUUUGAUUGGAUGGUAAUGUAUCAUACAAGUAUAUUAGGAACCGUUUGGUGAGCUACACAAGAGUUUUUGUUAGACAUUCUCUUUAAGUUAAGCUUGAACAUGUUCUACACAGCAAAGCAAAAUUCAGUGCACAUAAACUUGAUGUUACAGUUAAUUUCUUCAGCAAAAUAGAUAAGCCACUUCAUAAUUCCACUUAGGGUGUUAGAGUGUUAUGAGUCGCUCCCCUUGCUAGUCCUUCAGCGUCUGCACAUCUGAUCCCCUCACCCUGUGAAGAUGGCUUUAUCUUUCUAUAUGUCUUUGUAGACAAGAGCUGCCUCCCUUCUCUCCCCUGGGGGAAUUCCUGUAUGCAGUUUCCACAGAGCUGGAGUGAUUUGCUCAGGCAACAGCUUCUUCCCUCCAUUAUGAGAAGGGCAGGCUAAGGCUUUUUAGUUGUUUCUUUUUUUUUCCUUUUUCAGCCCUCUCAGGUAAUCUCACUGAAGCUGGCUCGGGGAGCUGGAGGUGGGGCAGCUGCCUCCUCCUGGGCAAGUGGGAAGCCAAGUGUGUGACUCAGAGCUGGUUAUCUCUAAAGCUCCUCUUCUGAGUCAUUGCUUUUUAUUUGUAGUAUGAAUGGGAGCUGCAGGAGUCAUGAAAUAGACUGAGCAAUAAUGCUGUUAUAGCCUAAUGUUUCACUGUUACAAUGAGAUGACUAGUGUCUGAACUCUGUUCAUAGUUCUGUAUUAACUUUUUUUUUACUUCGUUAGCAAAUAUCAAUUGUAGAAGACGAGCAUUUCCUCUGUGUCAUUUUCAUACAUUAUUAUACUAUGCACUGUGAUCACACUCGACAGCAAACUCUGGUUUAAAAGUGAGCAAAGGACAUUACCCCAAACAGAAUAUACAAACGACACAGAUAAGCAAAGAAAACCUGUUUGGCAUUCUCGACCACAGGGAAAGCAACUUAAAACCUCAAGGACAUCCCAUCUCACACUGCUGUGAUGGCUAUCAUUAAGAGACCAGCAAGUGCUGGUGAGGACUUGGAGAAACUGGAACCCCGUGUCCUGUUGACGGAGCCCAGUGCCAUGGAGAAGAAUCCCUCAGCAGACCUCAUACAACCCAAAGUAGAGUGAUUGUAUGACCCAGCAGCUUACACUGUUUCAAAAAAAUUUCCCAGCAGGGUCUCAAGGAGCUCAUCUUUGCUCAUAUCAGCAUUGCUUGCAACAACCAAAAUGUGCAAGCAACCUGGAAGCCCAUCUACAUGUGAAUAAACUGUGGUAUGUGCAUACAA